AUGGACCUGUCGGAUACCUCCAAAAACGAGGAAAGCUUCCGUUAUUACACACCUAAGAAGCGAGAUUUGUACCAGGACCUUGAUCUAAGCUAUAUUGCCAAACAACUUGCGAAGAUCGGUAUUCACGGUGAUAACGAUGAAGUAGUCAAAAGAAGUCAAAAGGUUUCACGUAUUCCUACGUUAGAAAGUCCCAGUUUGAACAGAAAACAGUACCAGACUCCAAAGAAAACACCACCCGGUUCUCGGUUGCCUGUAUUGGAUCGGAGCAUUGCCAGAGAAACAACAAAAUCCAGCGAUAGGUUACGGUCGAAACUAAACCCAAGAACUCCGAAAUCACCCAAAGAUCGCAUAUCUCCCGCCAUAAAACUCAACCCGCACCCAUUUAUAGAUAAACAACGAAGAGUCUUUAGUGAAAUUUCACCUUCCAAGAACGCUCCCAAGAAUAUCAGAAAAUUUUCCUUGCAUGGACCUCCUAAAGCACAUAUUGACAGAGAGAAUAAUGUACCAAGAUAUUUGAACCCAACAGCCAGCUCAUUGACCCGUAAGGAUCCUCCUAAAACUGCGACUGCACCUUCUUCUUCCAUUGCUUCGUUCCCUGUCAAGGUUCCAAGAACCAGAAACUCUCAGAAGUCAUCAUACACAAGACCUCGAGCGAGAUCUACGAGAAGGUCUACCCUACAGGACAGUCGAAACUUCAAAAUUGACACUAUCGAACUUUUAUUCGAAUGCCUAAGGAAUCACAAGAGCACACAUGAUAUCGUAUCAAACUACACCAACAUAAAAAAGGCACAUGUCUCUUUAUCGAAUUCACAAUCAGCAUUGAGCAUGUAUGAAAAGGGAGAGAUAUUACAGACGAAGGAAGUCUAUUUUGUAGGCAAAUCUAAGGAUUGCAAGACGCAGAUAAGCAUGAAUAACCCUUCCAACAAUUUUGGGUUUGAUAAUGCUGACAAGUCAUAUAUCGCCAACAUUGGGGAUCAUUUGAACUAUAGAUACGAGAUUUUGAAUUAUAUGGGCAAAGGAUCGUUCGGAAAUGUAAUUUCCUGCCUGGAUCAUAAAAACCAAAGUGUUGUUGCAAUAAAGAUUAUCAAAAAUGAAAUGUGCUGGUCACUUCAAGCCAUUAGUGAGAUCAAAAUGCUCAAGAGUCUACAAUCUCGACAUCCUCAUAUUAAUAACCACAUUGUUAGGUAUCUGGACAACUUUCACUUCAGAGGGCAUGUUUGCAUAGUCUCCGAGCUACUACUGACGGAUUUAUACCAAGUCAUACAGUCCACUAGCUUCAGAGGUUUAGAUCUAAACUUGAUUCAAAUUAUUGCCCGACAAUUCAUUCAAAGUCUAGACUUCAUACAUUCUAGAGGCAUUAUCCAUUGUGAUCUCAAGCCUGAAAACAUUAUGCUGACUCCGGAUAUAGCCACUGGAAAAAUCAACAUCAAGGUCAUUGAUUUUGGAUCCUCGUGCAAAGAAGGACAAUUAUCGUACUCAUACUUACAAUCACGGUACUACAGAGCACCCGAAGUGUUUGUUGGUGCUAGAUACGAUAGCAAAAUCGACAUUUGGUCAAUGGCAACUAUUCUCGUCGAAUUGUACACCGGGAAACCAUUGAUUGUUUGCAAGGAUGAGUUUGAGCUGUUCACCAAGGCUCUGGAGUACUUUGGAGUACCUAAACGAGACACAAUUCAACAUUGGCAGUUCGAACUAAAUGCAUGUGGACCCAUAAUAAACCAGAGCGACAAACCUGACACCUCAAAAAGCAUUAAUAAAUCAACUAUUCUAUGGACGUGUUUUGACUCUUUGUCUUACAAUCUCCGUUUGGAUCACGUCCGCUCAUUGAAGCCCAAUGUGAAAAUCAGAGGCACUAGCGUAGAUAACAUGUUACUCAGGCAUCAACAAUUCUCCAAGUCUCCGAUGCUAUUCAUGCCAUUUUUGGACUUUCUUGACCAAUGUUUCCACUGGGACCCAAGAGAACGAGCCAGUGCACGCCAACUAAGAGAUCAUAGGUUUAUAUAG